AUCGGGAUAUAUGGAGAUGAAAAAAAAGAAAAACAAAGUCCGCCGACAUUGUAAAAUCACUCCGAUUAGAAACCCAGUCACAUUUUCGCGGGCUUGUUGGCGACAUUAUAUUUAUUUAUCAAUUGUUUUUUAACGCCAGAAAACGUCCAUACCUGGAGCACAUUAAUUUCUUAAAUCGCGUCCAUUUUCAGGCGGCUUCAAAGUUUUUCCGGUGACUAUUGGGCAGACAACUCCUUUGAUUCCUGUUUGAGGACAGGUCCUUUGUUUGAGGAUUUCUCUGCAAAUAAUAACACGUAAGUUUAAUCAUAUCUGGGUCAUCGAUAUUCAAAUAAUAAGCAAUAGAGAUGGUUUCCGGGUUGAUCAAUGCAAACCCAGUCGUUUAUGAGAAAAAAGAGAGGCGUGUUCGGAGUCAACCAGCUGAUAAAGAUGAAUAUGCUGUCGAACCUAUAGACCAGCAGGAAAUUUUUGAUCAUGUUAGAGAUAUAAAAGAUCCUGAGCAUCCAUAUUCCUUGGAAGAGCUCAAAGUGGUGUCUGAAGAUGCGAUUGAACUCGAUGAUGAGCAUAACUAUGUCAGGAUCACAUUCACUCCUACAGUUGAGCACUGUAGUAUGGCCACAGUGAUUGGGCUUUGUUUACGUGUGAAACUUAUGCGUAGCUUGCCUUCACGUUAUAAGGUGGAUAUUAGAGUUGCUCCUGGAACUCAUGCAACAGAAGCUGCUGUGAAUAAACAGUUGAACGAUAAGGAGCGGGUAGCAGCUGCCUUGGAAAAUCCCAACCUCGUGGAGAUGGUUGACGAAUGCCUUGCUCCUACAUAUGAAUGAGAUGAAUGUUGGGUCCUUGGUUGAAGACUAAGAAUUGAGAUAUUGGCCUUGGAAGUUAUAAAAAUGAACCCAGAAACAGGUAAUGAAGGGAAAUUGCAAUAUUGUGUGAGUUAAUAACAAAUAUGUUAGAUUAGAACUAGGAAAGUAGAAAUCUCUCCAGGAUAUCUGCUAAGGCGUUGAAAGAGUGAUGUUUUUCUCUUUCUUUUUUGGGAUAACUGAUUAUUUCAGUGUAAGCAUUUGUUUAUUUGUGUUAAAUUAGUGUGUGCAAGAUAGUGUUCACAAAAUCGAAUCGGAACGGUUAAU